CAAUCGGAAUGAAAAGCAAAACCAAAGUCCCUUGUACAUACUUUUUCUUCAGCAAUCUUUGGUACCGUUGGCAAAACGCGUAAAUCCAGAAUAAGAGGACUUGGAGUGAUUCUUUUUUUUUGAAAAAAGUAUUGUUUUUACUUCUUUUGCCGAAAUUUAGUAAUUUUGGAUUGGCUAGGAACGCUAAGCUUGCAUGCUCGUGAAAUUGAUUCUUUAAAGUAUUGAAGCAGUCUUUUUGUGCUGACUAAAUUGUUUUUUAUAUAUUUCUAUUAAUAUGUUUCUUUUCAUUAAGCAAAGCUGGGUUCGACAGGGAAUUCUUAUGCAAACCCGAAAUAUUAAUCGGUUGUAUCCAAAGAUGCGAAUCCCUAAACGACCAGAAGUUCCUUUGGGAACAAAAAUUGCUGAAGUAGAUGCUUCUUCAGAUGUAUACUAUAAUCCUCCUGCAUCUUCACCAGACAUACGCAUUACACCGCUUUUAUUUCGUUACGAUGCUCCAUCAGCAGAAGCACGGACGACGCUAGCCAAGAAACUUACAAGCUCAUUAUCUCCCGUUGUUUCUCGUAAAUCCAUGCCAAAGGGAAAUCUUCGUUAUUCGACUAACCAAUUGACGGAUGAGGAAAAGAAAGCUAUUCAUGACUUGCGAUUGUCUAACCCAGACGAAUGGACAACCGGAACUUUGUCGAAAAAGUUUCAAGUUACCCGCCUUGUAGUUUCUAGAGUUUGUGAAGCACCAGGAGAACGGUUGGCAACAGUGGAAGAGGAACUGGAUCAACAGAAACUUCGCUGGGGUAAAGCGAAACGUCAAGUUCGUAGAGAAAAGCUUUCUCGAAAUUCUUAUCGUAUUAACGAACGUGUUUCCAAGGUUUAAUGUUUAUGUUUAAACAAAAGAUCGAUUGAGAUAAAAAUACCUUUCUAUUCCUUGACAUGUUUGUUUUAUGUGUAUCAACAUGAAUUGUAUCUUCCUACCUAAAAAUAUGCGUUCUCUAGAUAUCACUCAACGACUCCCCUUAGUCAUAUAAUAUCAGUUUCUUCUAACAGGGUUGACAUUUUGUAUUCAACAGAAAGCAAGUCUCGAAAAUUCAUGAAUUCAAUAAAGCUAAACUUUUAAUUUAAUAAAGGGAUUCUUUAUACUGAAGUGAAGAUUACUCAAUAUUUCAUUCAAACAAAAAAGUAGUUUACUUGCCUUAACCUGACUUUCCUUUCACUAUUCUUGUUUGCCUCAUGCUCAGGUUUUUCAAUGAUGGAUUCUUACAAAGUUACAAGGAGUCAAAAAUACGGUGUCAUUUGUAUUAUUCUAUUUUAUUUUUCCAAACUUAUACUUUCAUACAUAUCUAGUCAAGACUUAUUUCAUUAAAGGGAAUCAUCGAAAGCCAUAGAGAAUCCAACAUUAGUUAGCAGGUUAUCCAUCCUUGACGGAUUUUCGAGAUCAAACAGAAUGAUCGUUCCGUGGAAUUUUAACAAACCCCAAGAAAAUACAACUCUUUCUUUGCCUUUCUUUCGCCAGAUUUAAAAUCUCGUUUACGUUGAUUUUUCCUUAUACCAUAACCAUUCAGUAGGACUUAACAAAGUGACAUCAGCGCCAAGUAAGCUGUAGCGGAUGUCUAAA